UUUUCAACCCCUGCCCCUUGCAUUGUGAAAAGGACAGACUUUCAUGUUUAUGUCCUUUCGGAACCCAGUAAGCUCACACCAAAAGGCUCAGAAGAGCUGGAACUUGCACAUGCUGGCCUUGGGAAGAGGAUGUUAAGUAUGCCAGACCAGCUGACACACAACGAGAUUGUGGCUCUACUUGAAGAUGAAUUUCCAAAACUCAGGACCUUACAAGGAGGUUGGAUGUUUUACAAGGGUUCAGGUGGUAGCGGACGUCGCAAGCUUACCAUAAUUCCAACUGACGCUGAGGGUUACUCCACCAGGCUUCUUAAAUCGGCAUCUAACAAUGGGAAAAACAUACUAUUUGUUGUUCCACUACAGGAGAAGCUUUCUACAGAACCACUUGCCUAUGAUUCAGUAGAGUUUUCCAAGAUGCCACAAUCAAAAUGCAUUGCAUGUGGUAGUCAAAUGCCUUUGCAACUCUUGCCAUUGCAUGUGGAGGGAUGUGAUGGCUCAUCAGCUGAGAAUGAAUCUGGGACAUGUAUGGAUGAGGAUUCUUCCGUUCAUGAGAACCCAGUCCCAUCUACCAUGGGCAUUAAUGAAAUCUUGAGGAUUUGCCCAAUCUGUCAUGUAUCAUACCCAGCUGAAAUCAUAUCAUUUCAUGCAAGUACAUGUGGUGAGAGAAUGAAUUGUGCUCAACAAAACGUUGUAGCCAGUCCCCCAAGGGAAGAAGAAUUGCCAGGACCCUCAGUUCCACAAUUGUCAGCAGCUUCAACCUGGGCCAAUGAAGUUGACCCCCAAAAAGCAUGCCAGUUAUUCAGAGAAGAGUUACUGAACCGUUUCUCUGAAAGUCCACGCCUUUCUCUGUCACUCGACAUGUUUGAUGCAGAAGAAGAACAGGACAGUGCAAUCAUUGCAUUUUAUAAGCUAAAGAAUAUUCACUGGGCAGCACCCUUCCAGUGCAGGCUGAGAGGAGAUGCAGCAGUGGGUGAUGGUGUCAACAGACAUGUUUUGUCAAUGGCCAUGCAGAAAUUGAAGACUGGCUUCAUACUCAUUUAG